UUUCUUUUUAUACAUGAGACUUAUUUUUUAACAUGAAAUCUUAAUAUUGAUAAAACUAUUUAAAUACUAAUUUUAUAUACAUGAGAAGGCGCGAAAAUUUUGGUCACUUCUUCGACAUUUAAAUAUUUUCGAAAGAUUUAAGAAUUGCGUUAAACUGGAUUUAAAUUACUUAAUAAUUUAAUAAGUGUUUAUUUAAUUAAUUUACGAAUAAUAAGUUGUAAAAAAUAUAACAUUAUUUAUGAACAAAAUAACAAACUAUAAUCGUUUAAAUUCGCAUAAGGAAGGGAAAUAAAUCUACCAGUCGAUGUUGAAUCGUCUUUGUCGACCAAGUAAUUAAUAUUUUUAUGUGAAAGGUACAACAUGAACUUAAGCUAAUGUAUGUAGAAAAGUAGCUGUGUGUUAAUUAGUGUAUUAUGUAUACUAAUUUCAUUUUUUUGCUAUAAUAAUAACUAAAAUUGAUAAGCGACUAUUGCAAUCUCUCCAGCAUGAAGAUAGAUAUUCAUCCAUUAACAAACAAUCCUACAGCAGCUUGGCGUGAACUGUCACAGCAGCAAAAAGUGAUUAAAAUAAAUACCAAACUUCCAACAACUGAAGCAGCAAAUGAUAAACUCCGUGUUGUUUGUAUGAGUGAUACUCAUUCAUUAACACCAUUCAUAAAAUUCGAUAUACCCAUGGGAGAUGUGUUUAUACAUGCUGGAGAUUUUACAAAAUGUGGUAGUUUACAAGAAGUCAUAGAAUUUAAUAAUUGGAUUGGUAAUUUGCCACAUAAAAAUAAAAUCGUUAUAGCUGGUAAUCAUGAACUUAGCUUUGAUCCCACAUUUACUCAUCCCUUUUCUUUACAAACCAGUGGAAAUCGUCAAAAACAUACAGGGACCAGUAUUCUUGACAAUAUACCUACAUUAGGAAUGUCUAAGGAUACUCUUGCAGAAGCAAUACAGACCGCGAACGUUAAAGAAUAUUUGACAAAUUGCACUUAUUUAGAAGAUUCAGAAACUAUAAUACAUGGAAUAAAAAUAUAUGGUACCCCAUGGCAACCAGAAUUUUGUAAGUGGGCAUUUAAUGUACCUCGUGGAGAAGCAUGCCUUUCAAAAUGGGAAAUGAUACCAUCAGACACAGAUAUUCUUGUAACACACACACCUCCUGUAGGUCAUGGAGAUUUAUGUUGUAGUGGCGUAAGAGCUGGAUGUGUUGAGUUACUUUCUACAGUUCAAAAUAGAGUUAAACCAAAGGUAUGGCAUCUCAUCUGAUGGGAAAAUCAUAUAUGUAAAUGCAUCAACGUGUGAUUUAAAUUAUUUACCAAGUAAUCCACCAGUAGUUUUUGAUAUAACAUUACCACCUGAACAUUGCAAAUCAUAAACAAAAUUAUAAAGUAUAACGAUAAAUUUCGUUAUGUUUCUUAUGUACAAACAUAUAAAAAUUUCAAUUUAUUUAUUCGUAUAUUUCUAUAAAUUUUUUGUAUUACAAUCUUAUCUAAAAGAACAAAAAUUACAAGGCAGAUAUAAAAAAAUUAUGAUUUUAAGAUAGUAUCGUUCACUUGAAGAUAUUAAAAAAUUGUUGAAAGUAAUAUUUAGCAUACAUUCUUUACAGAUAUAAAAGUUUUAUAAUUAUAUCUUUAUUUACACAUAAUGACAUGUAAAUAGAACAGUUUUGUACUUAGAUAAAGUUUUAAUUUAUAUUAUUUUAAGAAGUUAUCUCACAAAUGUAUGUCUAAACGAAUUAUAAAAACCUUGCGUACUAUGUAUUUUGAAUAUAGAAAUUACACAAUUUAAUCAUCAUAAAUUGUUGCACAUAAUACUAUAAAUUAAGUUACACAUUAAAUCAGAUAUUUCUAUCAUAUUGAAGUGUAUAUAAAAUCUUAGUCAUAUCAACAAAAUAUUUGGUAUUGUAGUUAAGAAAUAUGUCAUGAAUAACUUCUUUACAAUCGACUGUUACAAUUUCAAUUACAAUAUAACGAACAAUAUUUAUUAGUUGUAUUCCGUUCAAUAGUGUAUAAUAAUAUCCGAGUAUUAUAAUGCAACUUAUAUACCGUAGGUCAAUAUGUUAUAAUUAAUAAUAAUAAACAAAUCAACUUAAUAUUUAAUUAGUGAAGUAAAAGCUUGUUUCAGUUAGAUUUUAUACAUAAUAUAACUUUUGAAAAAAUAAAAUAUUUCUAAAUAUUUAAUCAAUAUAUCCAAAAUAUUAAUAGUAAAUUAAUAGUAAAAUGAUCAUGUACAUAAUUUUUCUAUUAUAAUAAUAAAGAAUUAAAAUUGCA